AUGGCGCCUCGACUGCCUCUCUUUACGACCCGCUCGGUGCCAUUCAGGACGAAGCCUACGGUUCCGCAGAAGAGAUUUGCUCCUGCCUCGAGUCUACUUCAGCAGCAGCGCGCCGCAAGCGAUGAUGCAGCUGCAAAGGGCGGGUCCCUCGAAAACACGGCUCUUCAUACACAGGCGAAAGGCCCCAAUAUGGACCAAUUGCCCCAUGUGACAGAAGAAGCUGCUGCAAUUGACAAGACAAUGGGAAACACGCCUCCGGAUGUGGAGCAGGGGACACCGGUGCAAGAGAUUCUUAAGCGCGAUAAAGAUGCCCAAGACAAGGCGCCUCAGGUCAUGAAACAAGAUCUAAAGCUGGAACCCAACAGCACCAAUAAGUCACCCUCCGGAUCCCGUUCCUUUUCGACCGCCGCGAGAAAAAGUGCCGCUGAGGUUGAAGCGGUAUCAAACUUGGGUGGAUCAGUAGACAGCUUGGUUCACUUUCAGGACACGAGAGUCGUAGGCCUGGAGUAUCCCGACGCUGGCUUCGGGCAUAAGUUUGGGCUACCGGACCUGAAGCCGCUGGGCAAAGCGGUGAAUUUCAAGAGAAGAUAUGACCCCGUGGUGGAGCAGGUGACAAGAAGUCUGAUGAGGGAUGGAAAGUUGAGUCGUGCGCAGAAGAAUAUGCAAUUCAUCCUCGACGCCCUCCGAACCUCAUCUGCACCGCCAUCCAACAAGGACCUAAUCAGUCCUUUGCCCAUGCAAUCUCUCCCCCUCUCCCCUGUCGCUUAUCUCACCGCCAUAAUCGACUCCGUCGCCCCUCUCGUCAAGAUCCGCCAACAGAGAGGUCUACUGGGUGGCGGUGCCUCCAUGCCCAUUCCCGUUCCCCUACGCCUUCGUCAGCGCAGACGGACAGCUAUCCAAUGGAUAUUAACUGCCGCCGAGGGGAGAAGAGAAGAUAAGCUUGCGGAACGUGUGGCCAAGGAGUUAUUGGGAGUUGCCGAGGGAAGAAGUUCUGCGUGGGAAAAGCGAGCUAGGGUGCACAAGAUGGCAAUCAGUGCAAGGGCGAAUGUUAAGAUUGCCGCGAAUGGGAGGAGGAUUCGGACGAAGAGUAUUCGAGGCAAGUGA